AUACCAAUACAUCUUUCGGUAUAUACAUUCGGAGAGAGAUGUCAGGGUCAUUUGUGAGAGGUGCACAGACCAUGAACUCCAUGUUUUUCAAGCCAGUGACACGCAAAACGUACCAUAAGAAAAGCUGUUCUCCAGAUAUGAUACGUGAGAGCAAGAAAAUGGAGGGUGAAGAAGGGGAGAGUAAGAGGCAUAUGGGAGAGAGUGAUGUUCAUGUGUGGAUUCCCCAUGAAAGGACUGGAAUCUAUUGUCCCAAAGGGCAAGAGAAAGUAAUAGACGAUGUUCCUGCGGUGGCUGGAAAGGAUUUCCAAGUUAAUUGGUUUUCUUAAGAUUUGAGUGUGUUUGUGUGUCUUGAUUACAACUUCAACAAUUUAUCAGGCUAUAUAGCGGCCUUUAUAU